AACCCAAACCCGUUUGAGUGAUUUAUAAACAUGAGAAAAAUGAGGUGGCGGGUGGGGCUGAUGUUAUUGGCGGUGUGCUGCCAAGUGGUGAAUUCUGAUGAGUGCAGCGGUGAAAUAGCUGCUGAUGUAUCUAUCUUUCAACGAAACGCUAAUUCCACGUGGCUUCAACUCCGAGCAAACCUGUCGGAGGCGGCGGAGGUUGGCAAAAUGUUCGCGACGGCGCAGGCUAUGACUUCAGCGGACGACGCAGACCCGGUUUACGCCUUGGCUCAGUGCAGACACUACAUGUCUCAAGCCGACUGCUUGACCUGCUACGACAAAGCCUUCUCCCUCAUACAAUCAAACUGUGUAUCCCACAACCAGACCGGCGGCCGGGUCUCCUCUGAGGGCUGUUUCCUCCGGUACGAGGACUACGACUUCUACGAAAGGAUAAGCGAUAGCUGGCCGAAAUGCGAAAAUUUUCCAUCCUCUGAUGAAGCCGGCAUUUUCAGGGAAGAGAGGCGUAGAUUGCUGGAUGAUCUUCAAGUGGCGACUCCGAGGAUGAAAGGGACGUAUUUUGCGGCGAGUAAAAGGAAUACGGUUUAUGCUCUGGCGCAGUGUGUUCUCUCGGUCACGGAAGACAGCUGCCGAAGCUGCUUGCAGGAGGCCAAAGUCAACUUACAGACGUGCUCCGAUGCAAGAAAUGGCAGUGUUGAUGAGGAUUCCUGUUUCAUGAGAUAUUCCGAUCAACCAUUCUUUCCCGACAACUACAAAACAGACCUCGAUCUACUACGGCCUGGAAUUGAUGAAAAGGCAGUGAUAGGAGGAACGGUUGGAGGUUCCCUACUAUUUGUUAUUGUAGUCAUUACUUUCGUGUGGUUCAAGUUUUCAAGGCACCUCAAAAACGCUCUAAUAGCCAACAUAUUGGGGGCAACCCAAUUGCAGCUUCCGAAUAGAUACAGCUACACUGAUUUGAAAGAAGCAACAAACAAUUUCAGUAACCAAAGUAAAAUAGGACAAGGUGCUUUUGGUGCCGUCUACAAGGCGACAUUGAAAAAUGAGACAGUUGUGGCAGUGAAGAAACUGGAUAUGAAAUACAACAGAGCAAAGGCAGAUUUCGAGAGUGAAGUAAGACUUAUUAGUAAUGUUCAUCACCGUAACCUUGUUCGUCUCUUAGGAUGUUGCACCAAGGGAUCUGACCUGCUUCUUGUUUAUGAGUUCAUGGAGAACAAAAGCCUUGACAUAUUCUUAUACGGUAAUAAACGAGGAUUGUUGAGCUGGAAACAACGGGUGGAUAUAAUAUUUGGGACGGCAAAGGGGAUUGCAUUUUUGCACGAGGAUUACCACACAACCAUCAUACAUCGAGAUAUCAAACCGGGCAAUAUCCUACUCAAUAAUCACUUCCAAGCUAAGAUUGCGGAUUUUGGUUUGGCGAGGCUUCUCCCCGAGAAUCAGACACAUGCCAGCACUAACUUUGCAGGCACAUUGGGGUAUACAGCACCGGAAUACGCCAUCGGCGGGCAUUUGUCUGACAAGGUCGACAUCUAUGGCUUCGGAAUUGUGAUGCUCGAAAUCAUCAGCGGCAGAAAAUCCACUGACGUCACCCCAGAUUCCACCCUUGAUUACUUACUUAAAGAGGCAUGGAAGUUAUACGAGAGAGACAUGCACCAAAACCUAGCUGACGUGGCGUUGAACUCGAACGAAUAUCAAGUGGAAGAAGUGAAAAAAAUGGUGGAAAUUGCUAUGCUGUGCGUACAGUCAACGCCUUCGUCGAGGCCAACCAUGUCUCAAGUUAUUUUCAUGCUUUCCGGCGAUGGAUCGGUUGGGCUGCAGAGGGCUGUUCGAACAUCGUCUUUCAGUUAUGAAAUUGGAGUUCAAAUUGAUAAUGGCAGCUUGCUUUCUACACAAGAAUCUGCCUCUGAAUCUGAUGCCACUACCUCACUCAGGGAGUAAAAUACAUUUUUGUAAAUAAAUGAAUUUCAUGUUUUUCAGUUUUCUCAUUUACUUUGCUCACCAUGUCUCAAUAUAUAUGUUUUAUACUCCUUGCCAAUAAUAUUGAUGUCUAAGUUACGUAUUUCUCAACAAAUACAUUAAUUUGUUAGGCAAGCAGCUUGUAUUUUGUUAAUUUGGGUCGAAUAUAUAUUUAGCUCUUU